GCGGCACGCGCCCGGAGCGGCGGCAUGAUGCGGGGGGGCCUCUCGCGCCUGGCCGCCGAGGCGCCCCUCGCCCCGUGAGCGGGGCCGCCCCGCGGAGCAGGCGCGGUGCCGCGGCUCUGCGAGCAUGCGGCGCGCGACGGCGUCGCGGCUGCUCCGCGGGCGCGCCUGCGCGCCCGACGCGCGGCAGCGCCUCCACAGGGCUUGCCUGGGACACCGGCGCGGCCUUGCCCAGGAGUCUGGCGUACAACCCCUGGUUCUGUUGCUGGACUUGGACGAGACACUGCUGCGGCCGAGAAUCCCCCAGGUCCACAAGUACGACCUCGCCUCCGUGGACCUCAGUAUAACCAUACCGGUGAACGACGGCGUCCACUGCGAUUUGUCGCUCAGGCCAGGCCUCGCCCGCUUCUUCGAGUGGAUCCGGGAGCGGCGAAGAGCCGGGCGCCUCGAGGGCCCGUGGCUGUUCGCUCAGGGGCACAGCGCGUACGUGACCGCGGUCCUCGCGGAGCUGGACCCCGAGAAGGACAUUUUCUCCGACCGCGUUCUGUCCAAGGACGACGCUUGCACUCCGACCAAGACGCCCUGGGUUCUCAAGGACCUGACCAAGGUUGCGUGCAGCGGAGGGGGCGGCGCCAGCAGCCUCGAGGAUGGUCCUGGUGGACAACAACACGAUGUCCUGCAUCCUGCACCCAGAAAACACCCUGAUGGUGCGCGACUGGCUCGGGGUCGGCGCCGCCGACGCGGAGCUGGAGCGCGUGUGCCGGGUGCUAGAUGGCCUGAUGGAACGGGCGCUCGAGGACGCCGCGUCUGGCCGGCAGGCGGACUACGCCGCGCACCUCGUGCAGACCAUGCCGAGGUACCCUGACUUCCUGCAGCGGCUUCGUGAACUGCGCCGACGGAUAGGAGGAAGAGCCUGCUCCGAUGGGCAUGUCCCUGAGGGACCUACACAAGGAGCCUGCGACGCGAAGCGGGCGCUGCUGGGCCUGGCGCCCGGGGAGAUCUGAGCGGCGACGUGCCUCAAGCACAAGAGGGGGGGAUAGGGAAUGGGGGGGGGUGCCCGUCUGCGGGUGCCCCCUGCGGGUGCCCCCUGCGGGUGCCCCCUGCGGGUGCCCCCUGCGGGUGUCGAGGCUGCUGAAUCGAUUUGGUGCGAUCGAGGGCUUUGCAGCUCGGCUGCCAAAUCGAUUUGGUGAUCUCGAGAGCGGCUUUCGCCAACCGAGCGCGCGGACA